CUCGUCUUCCUGGUUUUAAUCUCGCGAUAAUUUCCUCCAUAAACCCCGCCCCAUCCUCACCCACCCCCUAAACCGCUGACUGGACAGGAAGCCCGGUAACGUCAUAUGACUGACAGUCUCCUUAACCAAUAAAGAUCAGGGUCAUGCAGUCAAUCAGGCUCCCGCCUAUGCAAGCUUUAUUAUAUACCACAUAUAGCCAUAUUAGUUCCAGAAGUUGAGGCGAUAACUCUUUUUUAUUUACAAAAAUGUUUUUAAAAUUCAUUUUAUCUGUAAAAGCCGUUGAAUAGCUCAACACUGCGGGUCAAAGGUUAGACAUGAGUGUUAUCGCGCAAGCGCAGUGAGGAUUCUUGGAGGGUCUGAAUGAACUUUCGCAGCUGGCAGAUGUCAAUGUUUUGUAACGAGAUCAUUGACACCCCCCUGAUCAGGCAGUCUGUCUUGGAAUGAAGUGAUCGGGUUUAUGUCAGUGAGCAUGCUGGCAUUCUUCCUGAUUGGCUUGCUUGUGCAUCUCAUCUUCUUUGCCUCCAUUUUCGACAUCUAUUUCACCUCUCCCCUGGUACAUGGAACGACUCCCCAUCGAACACCACUGCCACCACCAGCAAAGCGUCUUGUCCUCUUUGUUGCUGAUGGUUUGCGAGCAGACAUCUUUUUUGAGCUAGAUGAGAAUGGACAAACACGUUCGCCAUUUCUCCGGAAUGUGGUGGAGCACAGUGGAAGUUGGGGUGUGUCUCACACAAGGGUUCCUACUGAAUCCAGACCUGGUCAUGUGGCUCUGAUUGCUGGGUUUUAUGAAGAUGUCAGUGCUGUUGCUAAAGGUUGGAAAGAAAACCCAGUGGAAUUUGAUUCUGUUUUUAACGAGAGUAAAUACACCUGGUGCUGGGGAAGUCCUGACAUCUUACCAAUGUUUGCGAAAGGUGCCAGCGGCAACCAUGUUUAUACCCACAUGUACCCAGCUGAGAAGGAGGAUUUUGCUGCUCAGGAUGCAUCAAAGCUGGACACUUGGGUGUUUAGUGAAGUAAAGGACUUUUUUGAAUUUGCCAAAAGUAAUAAAACACUCUCAAAUAAAAUGAGCGCAGAUCAGGUUGUUUAUUUCCUGCAUUUACUUGGGUUGGACACCAAUGGACAUGCUCACAGACCAAUGUCAAGUGAGUACAAGGAAAAUAUCCACACAGUGGAUAAAGGCAUUCAGGAAGUUGUAUCUGUCAUUGAAGACUUCUACAGAAAUGAUAAGAAGACUGCCUUCAUCUACACUUCUGACCAUGGGAUGACAGAGUGGGGUUCACAUGGUGCAGGCCACCCUUCAGAAACCCUCACACCCUUGGUUGCCUGGGGAGCUGGAGUAAAUGGACCGCUGGUUAGCUCAAACCAACAGUUUCAGGAUGAUUUCCUGCAGGAAUGGAAACUAAAUGACUGGAAGAGAUUAGAUGUAAAUCAGGCUGAUAUAGCUCCACUGAUGGCUGCUCUAAUUGGAGUCCCCUUCCCUCUAAAUUCUGUGGGCAUUUUACCUUUGGAGUAUUUAAACAACAGCGACCAAUUCAAAGCUGAAUGCAUGCUAACAAAUACCAUGCAAAUAUUGGAACAAUUUACGGUGAAGAUGAUUCACAAGAAAGAGACAACACUGUCGUUUUUGUUUAGUCCCUUUAAACCUCUUCCCCUUUCCAAAGGGCAGGACAUGCUUCGCACAGCUCGAUUAUAUAUUCAGCAGCAACAGUACGACAAAGCAAUCAGUCUUUGCAAGUCAUUAAUAAACCUUGCUCUGGAAGGACUUUCUUAUUAUCAUACCUAUGACCGAGUCUUCUUGGGAAUUAGUGUAGUGCUGGGAUUUGUGGGCUGGACAUCCUAUGCUUUUGUGUUGAUUGUCAAACACCACACAAGACUAAGCAAGCCAAUCUCCAAGCUUGACAAGCUGCCCUCCAGUGAUCACCUUCCUGCAGUUUUCAUUGGGGCUGGUGUGGUGAUAACACUGUUUCUGCAAAUUCAGAGCUGUCCAUGGACCUAUUACAUUUAUUGCCUAUUGCCAAUCCCGGUGUGGUAUGCAGUAAUAAAGGAGUUUAGAGUUAUUCAAAGUGUAAUCAAUUUACUUUUAACUCAUCCUGCGAAAUCUAUUGGCUAUUUACUACUUUUGAUUCUGGGCAUUGAAACUAUGAUUGCGAGUUUCUUCCACCGGCAAAUCCUCACAUUUGGGCUACUGUCAUUUGCUGGUUGGCCGCUGCUAUCAAAGCUGUUUCAUCAGAACAAGGUAAUGUCUUUAAGCUGGAUUCUUUUCAGCUUCGUCCUGGCUGUAUUUCCAUUGAUGCCAGUUGUUGGAAGAAGUCCCAAUAUAGCUCUUGUAACAGGAGCUGGAUUACUGACUGUCAUCUGCAGCUUCAUCUUCCUCUGUUCUUUCAAGACUGCAAAGGCAAAACCAGUUGAAACUACGGUGAACAGAUGUGUAUACGCUGCACAGAUCGCGAGCAUUGUUCUGUCAAUCUAUAUUCUGAACACAACGCACUCCAGUUUGGCUGUUAAACAUGGGCUGCCCUUAAUCAGUCAGGUCAUCAGUUGGAUAACACUCGCCUCCUCCUUACUGAUGCCUUUGCUUAGCUCAACGUUUCUUUUCCAAAGACUGCUAAGCAUUAAUCUCUCAUUGAUGUCCACCUACCUCUUGCUCAGCACAGGAUAUGAGGCUUUAUUCCCUCUAGUGCUGUCCUGCUUGAUGUUUAUAUGGAUUAACCUGGAACAAGAAACAAUCCAGUUUCACAGUAUUUCUCCUGUUGAGAAGUUAUCCAUGAUAAAUUUUGCCCAGAAGGCAGACAGAACACAGGUUCGAUACCUCGGACUGGAUGACAUAAGGCGGUCAUAUUUCUUUAUUUUCUUCAUUGUGACAGCUUUCUUUGGGACUGGAAAUAUAGCUUCUAUCAACAGUUUUGAUCCUGCAUCAGUCUACUGCUUCUUGACUGUUUUCAAUCCUUUCGUAAUGGGAGCAUUAAUGAUGUGGAAGAUACUAAUUCCUUUUGUGAUCGUGAUGUGUGCAUUCGAAAGUAUUCAAGUUUCAACGCAUUUGUCAUCAAAUAGUUUAUUUCUCAUUGUGCUUGUCAUCUCAGACAUAAUGGCUUUGCAUUUCUUCUUUCUGGUUAAAGACUAUGGGAGCUGGCUGGACAUUGGAACAAGUAUCAGCCAUUAUGUCAUUGUGAUGUCGAUGACCAUUUUUCUCAUGUUCCUGAGUCGCUUGGCUGCGACCCUCACCACCUGGAGAAUUGGACUUCAAGAGAAAAUUAAGCAGCAUUUUACAUAAUUGUUGAGUAACAUGGAUGAUUAAACUGGAUUUGCAAUGGCAUACUGCAUUUUGGGUUAGAUUAAGACAGUGACAUAGUCUGUGACUGAUCAUGCAAGCCCUCUCUCCUAACCCUGUUGCUGUGCCAGAUAGUAUUAUCAAAUGGAUGCAUGAGAUAGUUAUCCUAGCAGCAGAAAGUGACCAGAGGUUUGUAGUCAUAUUGUUUUCAAUACCAGUCUGAUGCAAAUUACACAAAUGUGCAAUCAGCUCGAACGUGACAUUGUGAGUACUGACAACAAUGUUAAUAACUAGAUCUUGGCAAUUUUACUGCAAACCAAUUUUGUUAGAUUUGAGACUGAAGUAAGCAAAUCUUGGUGCAGGCAAUUUUUUCACAAUGAACUAAAUUUACAGCAGAUGAAAAGCACGUGUUUACCAGGGCAUUUGUGUACCAUCUUCAACUGGAUUAAACCUCCUCCAGUUUUGUAUGUGUGUUUGGCUGCAUAUUUCAAUGAGGAAGUUAAUGGUCAGAGCCAAAAGCUGACAUUGUAAUUAAACAGUGGAGGGAGCAAGGCUGCGGGUGAUCUGCUAGAUAGAAAAUGUGGAAAUUUAGAAAAGAAAUACCAAGUUUACAGCACAAAAGAAGUUCUGAAAUGGGAAAGGCAUUGAAGAGGUUACUGUGAUACCCACUGUUAUUUUUUUCUGAUUAAGCCCUUUGAAAGGUUCUUAUUUUUGCACUUAUUUUAAUUUGAUACAAUGUAAUUUAGACUACUUGCUGUUCUUUAUUCAAACAUGCUGUAUCAGGUGAAUUUCAGGGGUGUGGCAGUGUAAAUAGCACCACAACUUUCACAUGUCUGGCGUCACAUUUUAAUUAAAUGGUAUUAACGUUCAUGCCAUGUUAAGACAUAACUAGCUUGCUGUUAAAUGCAUGCAUUAAACAGGCAAAUGUGGCUUCUGGGAUUUUUGUGUGGGUGUAAUGUAAUGACCAAAUGUGGCCUUCACUGUAAUGUUGCAUUUUAAGUCCAUAAUUGUCAAUGUAAUGAAAUUUUUCACUCCAUCCAGUAUGCCUGAAGUUUAUAAUAGUCAUGGUUUGAAUAUGCUGUACACAACUUGAUUAUUUAUGGACUUGUUAUACAAUGUGUGUGACCCAGAUUUUUAUAUAAUACGUGUUUGUAUUCAUCAUGAUCUGAAGAAUAGAAUAUAAAGAAUGGGGAAUGGC